ACUGUAGCCCGUUCCGUUCGUUCUCCGCCAAACACCUCAAUCGUGAACGAACAGUGGCAUUCCUAAGCGUGUAACCGUUUGCCUCAUUCGCACACUAACCCAUGGCUUCGCGCUAACGCCUAAGCACAGUUUGUACCGAGCCAUAUACUUUAACAUUGCUGACUGUAUAAGUCAAGUACCUGCUGGUUAUUUGCACCAGAUCAACUGUUAACGUGAGACACCUGUCUUCCAUCAUCCUUUAGCCCUUCAACCAGCACACGGUGAAAGACUUUACUAGAAGCCAUGUCGGAGUGGGGCAUGCGGCCCCAGGAUCAGGCGUAUGGUGGUAGUCAAGGAGCGGGCGUGGAAUGGUUCAGUUCAGGUGGCACCGGCACCUACGGCUCUUACUCUGGAUAUUCAGCGCCUGUUGGAGGGUAUGCUGGUGCCAGCAGUAGCGGCUAUGAGGAUGAACCUCCACUUCUUGAAGAGCUCGGCAUUGAUGUUGGCGCAAUCUUCCUGAAGACGCGUGCGGUGCUGCUUUGGCGGUUUAACUCUCGAUACUUGGACGACCUGGACAUGGGGGGAGCACUCAUCUUUGUCUUCGUACUUGCUGGACUACAGCUACUGAUGGGCAAGCUGCACUUUGGCGUGACGCUGGGUUGGAGCGUCGUGUUUUCCAUCUUGAUGUGGUUCCUGCUGCGGCAACUAGUGGGCUCAGAGGGUGCGGAAGCCAAGAACCUUGACUUGUACGGCUGCUGCUGCGUGGUCGGCUACAGCAUGCUACCGCUGGUGGUUUUCAACGCGGCAGCCAUCCUGCUACCCAGGGGGCCCGUUUGCGUGCUAGCGGCUGCGGGAUGCACGGUCUGGGCAGCGCUCACGGCGUCGCGCAUAUUCGCUCGCCGCUGUCCGGCACUAGAGGAUCUUAAGGGUGUCAUCAUGUACCCCUGCCUGCUCACGUACGCCACAUUCGCACUACUCAUAGUGUACUGAGCGGGAUGCAGAACCUGUGGAGCGUGGCACAACCGGCUAGAGGGCGGCGGCAUGGGCCUUAUGGAACGGAGCGGGCUCGAGGACAGCUGCGGGAGGCGGCAGGCGCCAGGCCAUCCGGCAGUGAGAGGCAGUCCGGCUUAGGCGUGUGGGAUGGGAGGAUGGGAGAGGAUUGCGGGUUUGCAACCGCAGCUGGAGCAGGAUUUAUCUUGAUGUACAGAGGAGCGGUGAGGCUGCUGAGUCCUGGUGGGGAAGAGGUUCUAGCGGUUAGGAUGGCAGCUUGCAAGCGCGGUGAAAGGAGUAGGUGAGAGUCUUACAAAGGUUGUGGCAAUGCAAGCUCGUUAGGUUUGUGGUGUACUAACCGCCAGUGAUUGGGACCAACGUAUGAGAGGUAGAGUACCAUGAUAGCCAUGGGGAAACCUGGGUGUAGCUGUACCAUGCAGGGGGUGGAGAAACGGGGAGGGGGCAUGACACGGUAACAUGUCAGUCAGCAAUUGAGGAUGUGAAACCCAUGCUGACUUUCACCAUGCAGCUGAGGACGGAGAGGAAAACAGGGUAUACUAUAGACGAGUUCCUGCGAUGCAAGGAGGCAAUGCAGCAUGAACAUGUCAUGGCAGGCGCUGCUUCCAAAAGGCGGUGCAGGCU